AUGAUGAAGUUGUCUGCCACCACCACCAGGGCCCCUGAUUGGACAGCUGCAAAGCCAAUGGGCGUGAGGGGUGUCACAAAAGCCGUAGCCAAUCAGCACGCUCGCUGGCACAGUGGGCGUGGGGAGGUUGUUGCCAGGCGACGGGAGUGCAGGCCGGGUUUGGGGUCUGAGGCCGGUGGGGUCGCUGUGGCCUCCGUGUUCCUCGGGGCUCUCGGGACCUCCAGAGUUCGCCAUGAGCUGCAGAAGCCGCUCCAGAUUAAGGAGCGCGUCUUUCAGCCAGGAUCCGAUGGACACCCUGAUCAGGUGGCCUACAUUACCACGUGGGAGGAUCUUUCACGUAACCCCCCUCCCUGGAUAGAACCCUUCUCCUUCCCGACGGAGCCCAUACGGACCCCGAUACCCCCUCCUCCUAUCCCGGUUGUGCCAACCUCCUCCCUAUUCCCUCUGAAGGAGAUUCGAGGUCCAAAACCUGACAAGCCACCGGUUCUUCCGGCUGAUCAGGACUUUCUGCUCCUUGACUCUCCCCCACCCUAUCUUCCCAGCCAACCUGCUCCCCCGCAGGAACCCCCACUACAACCAGAGCGGGAUGUGCAGCCUUCUGCACCAUCCCCUGAUUCCACGAGGGCAGGGGAAGAAGUCUCAGCGCCUUCCCCGCCCUCCAGCCGCCUGCGCCUCCGUCGGGGGCAGGCAGGGGGCUCGGGAAGCGUCUGGACUUCGCAGGCUUUUCCUCUUCGCUCGGUGGCUGGCCAGAUGCAGUACUGGCCAUUCUCUGCUUCCGAUCUUUACAAUUGGAAAACCCAUAACCCCUCUUUCUCUCAAGACCCCCAGGCUCUGACUGGGCUGAUCGAGUCAAUUUUAUUGACUCAUCAGCCCACCUGGGAUGAUUGUCAGCAGCUUCUGCAGACCCUCCUCACUACUGAGGAAAAGCAGCGCGUCUACCUCGAGGCACGGAAAAACGUCCCUGGAGCAGAUGGCCGACCGACCCUACUGCCAAACGAAAUCGAGGAGGCGUUUCCCUUAACCCGUCCUGAUUGGGACUACACCACCGUUGCUGGUAGGGAGCGACUUCGUCUUUACCGCCAGGUUCUCCUUGCGGGUCUCAGAGGGGCUGGAAAGCGCCCCACCAAUUUGGCCAAGGUACGUGCAGUAGUGCAGGGGGCUGAGGAAACGCCGGCAGGCUUCCUAGAAAGAUUAAUGGAAGCCUACCGUAUGUACACCCCGUUUGACCCCCUGGCAGAGGACCGGCAGGGAGAUGUAAUCAUGUCCUUUAUAGGACAGUCAGCGCCGGACAUCCGCAAUAAAUUGCAGCGGCUAGAGGGGCUUCAGGGAUAUACUAUACAAGAUUUAAUGAAGGAGGCAGAAAGGAUUUACAACAAAAAGGAUCCACAAGGAGCAGGAGGAAAGGGAAGGCCUGCACUGGCCUGAGGGAGGCUCGUAAAUCCCCAGAGGCAGUUAAAACUAAGGUGGAGCCUUCAGGUGUGGCAGCAACCCCUAAAAGCCCAACACUGCCUCAAGGCACUGCGCCUCCAAUUCCGCCCAUGUGGCCACCCCUUUUUGGUUAUUCCCCUCCCUUAAAUCACCCGCCGCCAUCUUGUAAACAGCGUGCCUACCCAACCUCACAGCCAGUCCUACUAGGCCCCGACGUGCACAGUCUUCCCUGUAAAUGGGGGACCACGGCCUUUCUCUGCACUCUCUUCCAGUCAGUGUAGCCUGUUGCACCCUUGCAGACCACAGCCAGAUACUCUAGGGGAGACUAGUCCUUGGGCUGCUUUUUUCCUCUCCAUUUACAAUUCAAUGCUGUCCUCACUAGGAAGAAAAAAUGCCUUUGGCUACCACUGGCCUUACCUAAAGGAACAAAAACCUUCAUCCAUUAACCCUUUCCAACCUAAUGAGUCUUUAUUUGCAGUUAAUGAAACUUUUUCUCCAGCACUACGGAAGCCUCUCAUUCCCUGCCGCUUUGUUUCAGAUGUGUUUCCCUGUCCUAAGCAACGGGCUUCUAUGCUGAUGACCAGCUCUUUUCUGUGCUGCUGUAGUUAACUUAUCUAAGAGUUUGCACGUGUCUUGAAGGUUUCGUGUUUUAUUGGAUUUGUCUGUCUUUAAUGUUUGAGUGAUUACCUAACUCUGAUCAGAUCUGCCCCACAGCUUUGGUUAAAAUAUUCAGGUUAUACGUACUAGUUUUUGGCUAAGCGGUUGACUCUCUAACAGUUUAAAUUCUCAAAUGGAGUCUAACAACUUUGGGACUUCCAGUAGGAUCCCUGGAACUCUCAAAGGAUGGGACUCUAAAUUUGUUAAAGUAACAACUGUUUAAGUCUAUUUAAAUUAUGCAGUGUAUUAAAAUAUUGUAGAUGAUGUCGGACCUAUGUUGUAUUCGUGUUUUUGCUUUCCAGCUAAGGUGGUCUUACAAGUUUUUAUAUGUCCUUAAUAUGCUUUAAACUUGUUUCUUUUACAGAUCUGCUUUUGCAAAAACUAUAGUGUCUCUUUUUAACAGUGUCUGCUUAGUGGGUUACUCUGCCAUUUCUAAAGUUAGGUCAUGUAAGCUCUUUUUAGCUCUGUUAAAUAGUUCUAAGUUAUGUGCGGAUUUUGUGUGCUAACUCUUAUGUUCAAGGUGUUUAUUUCUGGUUUCCAAGGUAAUCUAGUGUGUACUCCAAAAAAGCCUCUUUUGGAUGAGCCUUAAUGGACUCUUUCCCUACCUCUUCUCUCUUCUUGGACUGCUUCUUGCCCUGCUUUUAAUCCUUGCUAUUGGCCCAUGCAUAACGAAUAGGCUUAGGCAACAAGGGUAAGACAGGUUGAGGUUCAUUACCAAAGGCUGCUAGCCACAGAGGGCUAUGAUCCCCUGAACUGGGGAAGCACCCCCGGUGCUCUCCACAUUGCCAAUGACGGGUAAGAUUCCGGAUGGACCGGAACAACCUAAGACAGGCGGUGGAGAAAGCUCACCACGCCCCCAUAAUUACAAGUCACGCGACACCCCAAGACGGGUAAAGCACCCAGCGUCCUGCACCAACCUAAGACAGGGCUCAUGGCCAAGCUGCCUGGGUUACCAAUGACGGGUAAGGGCAAGGACGGCUGGGGGCAACCUAAGACAGGGACCGCGUGCUAAAACAAAAAGGGGGAAUCUGUGGGGCAUGAGCGCGGCCAGGCCAGGCCAGGCCAGGCCCGGGGGCUCUGCAUGUGCAGCUACUCCAGGGUGCCCCCGACCGAACUGCGCGAAACGAAGCCACGCGGAGCCAAGUAAGAUGGCGCCCAGAGGAAGUAAGAUGGGUGGAAUCCAAAGUUGUUUACCACUAAAACUAAUUGGCUGCGCAACAACAAGGGAGGUAACAAAACUAGUAACAAGUGUAUAGACAUAGGGCUAGUCCUAUAAAAAUCCCCCCCCCAAGGUGUUUUUUAAGUGAUUGAUUGGUCCUUAGCCCUGCCCCAAUGACUCUGCAGUUUUGUGUUAUAAAAGGUACUAUUAUGCAGAAGGUGACUGAGUCCUUGCUAGACUUGACUCCCCGCUGCGUCUGAUUGUCUCCGGGACCAGGAGGCUGGGGAACGGGCGAGCGGCGCGCACUUACCUUUCCUCGGACCCAGUCCAUCCUUGUACGGGUGGACUAAGACCCAACAUCUGGCGCCUUGACCAAAUUAGCGUUGGAGACUGGCGUUAAAGACUGGGUCCAACUCCUCCCUAUGGUGUUGUUCCGGGUCCGAAACACGCCCUCUCAUUGCGGACUGACACCAUGCGAGGUCCUUUGUGGAGGGCCCCCACCAAUAGCAGGCUUGCUUGACCUUGCCAGUGACUCCGUUGCCGAUG